AUUAAUUUAAUUUCUUAAAAGAUAAACAAGACAUUCCACUGUGCCUUAAAAGCCUUUAGGCAUACCAUGAUGACGGAACCAGGACAUCAUCCAGUUGGACUCUGGCCAGCGAAGAAGCCUCAUCAUGCAGAACGUGACCCUGGUCUAUGCCUUGGUCUGGGCCAUUGACCAUUAUUAUGGACGCUCCACCAGCACUGCCCUGGCAGUGGUUAAGUUCCCCACCAGCCGGGCCAGUCGUGGCCAUCACAACGAUCUGAUCGACGAGGCUCUGGUCAAGGCGGCAGGUUCAGGACGAAUCCAGUUUCAGUUGGAGGAUGACCGCACUGAGACCUCCUUGAGCGGCACCAAUGCCACCGAGGAGAGUGACCUGCCACCGCCGAGUGGAGUCGCAGGCAGACCCAUUGCCAUUUGGUUUUUGGAUAGCCUCCGCUCAUACUUUCGCCUGGAAUUGUACCUGAAUCAGUUGGGGAGUCCCUACAAGCGAACUGGUAACUUUUUGCUGGUUUACACCGGCCUGGAGGCGCAGCCAAUGGAGUCCAUUAAGAUUAUGUUCCGGCGAUUGCUCAAUAUGUAUGUGCUGAAUGUGAGCGUGCUCCUGCAGAGCAAUGGGAGUGUCCAUGUGUACACCUAUUAUCCUUAUGGACCGCAUCGCUGCCAGUCGUCGUUGCCUGUUUUCUACACGGCCUUCCAGGAGCUGGAGCCUGGCGUGGUUGGUCUGACCAAACCGCUCUUCCCGAGCAAGUUGGCCAAUAUGCAUGGCUGUCAGCUGGUGGCUGCCACUUUUGAGCAUCGUCCGUAUGUGAUCCUUGAAGAUGAUCCGCAGCAAAAGGGAGCCAGGAUUCUGCAUGGCAUCGAGGGCAGAAUUGUGAAUACACUUGCCGAGCGGAUGAACUUCAGCAUUAAGCUUGUGGAACCAAAGAACAAAGAUCGUGGCCAGAUUCGGCAAGAUGGCAAUUACACGGGCAUACUCAAAAUGAUUGUCGAUGGCGAGGCGAACCUUACCUUUGUGUGCUUCAUGUACAGCAAAGCUCGUUCGGAUCUGAUGCUGCCCAGCGUGUCCUACAUGAGUUUCCCCAUUGUCCUGUGCAUUCCCAGCGGCGGUCCAAUGACUCCACUGCAGAGACUCACACGUCCUUUUCGCUACAUCAUCUGGUCCUGCGUCCUGGUGAGCCUCAUCCUGGGCCUGCUGCUAAUCGGGCUGCUAAGACUGAGACAGCCACCGAGAGCUCUACGCCACCUGGUCCUGGGCAGGGACAAUCGCUGGGCCUGCCUGGGCUUGUGGAAUGUCCUAAUGGGCAGCAUGGCCCUGUAUCAUCCACGACGGAAUUUUGCCCGAUAUUUGCUGCUGGUGUGGCUCUUCAAGACCCUGAUCCUGCGAGCCGCCUACACUGGGCAGCUCUACCUACUCCUGCAGGACGUGGAAAUGCGGGCCCCACUCCAAGAGCUGUCCGAGGUGGUGGCCCAGGACUAUGUGUUUCACAUGCUGCCCGCCCUGCAGAGCGUUUUCCAUGACUCGAUGCCCGCCACUCGGGUACGUGUGGUGACCAACCAUGAGGCAUCGCUACUCCGGCUGCGGGAUGAAGAUGACCCGGGCAUAGCAGUGCCGCUGCUCCAGCCAACUGUCUACCAGUUUGACUAUCGUUCCGGACCGAAUCGGAACCACCUGGCCGUCCUGCCGCUGCCAUUGAUGACCGCCCCACUGACGCUGUACAUGCGACCCCACUCGUAUCUCAAGCGACGCAUCGAUCGCCUGCUGAUGGCCAUGAUGUCCUCGGGCAUUGUGUUCCGCUUUCGGAACAUGUACCUGGACCGCAUCGAGCGAAUGGCCAAGCGGCGACGCAGCAUGGAGCCACAGCCGCUAACCCUCUGGCGGCUUUCCGGAAUCUUUGCCUGCUGCGGUGCCCUCCAGCUGCUGGCCAUCCUGGUUUUUGGCCUGGAGCUCCUCUCCGCUGCCACUGGGCAUCGUCGACUACGCAGGGCAUUAAGCUUAUUAAAUGGGUUUAUUGCAUAAGUCGCCAGGCUAAUCCACGCCAGCUUGGCCUCCUUCGACUGAGCAGCUCCAGGCCAAACAGCGCCAAGG